AUUUGUGAGUCCAUUGGGUGAAUUCUUUGAAUUAAACAUCAUUUGGCUUCUCUCUAGUUCAAUUUGGUAGUCACUCUAGGUGCUCUACUUCUAGUGGUUAUGUCUAAGACUGAAAAUGCCGUUCAAGAGGGACAAGAAGGGGGAAGUAGAAAUGUAUAUAUGGAAGAAAGAGGUAUUUCACAAUUUUCAUAUGCUCAUUUCUGUGCCUCCCAUUCAGGGUAGCUUUCCUCCCACGGAAUGGCCUCACAGUAAAUCAGUUCAUGAUGUUUGCUGAGUCCCUGUGUGAAGAACAGACUGUACUAUUAUUCAUUUGGGGGAAGAUAUAAGUGAAAUAGAAGCUGUGGCCUUACCCUUAAAGAAAUUUCUGUCAAGUAGGGAGAAAAAAAAAUUCUUGCACAUGAAAUUUCUGAUGAACAUUUGGAGAAAAAUAUCAACUAGCAAAAAUGCAUUCUGUGCCAGAUGAGUACUGACAACUUGUCACUGUGUGUAACAUCUCCUGGAUGUUUCAGUGUGAGCACUGUGGGCUAUGGGAUGGAUGAGGUGGAGCAGGACCAGCAUGAGGCCCGACUCAAGGAGCUCUUUGACAGUUUUGACACAACGGGAACUGGGUCCCUGGGACAGGAGGAACUCACCGACCUUUGUCAUAUGCUGAGCUUGGAGGAGGUGGCCCCACUGCUGCAUCAGACGCUGCUUCAGGACAACCUCUUGGGCAGGGUGCAUUUUGACCAAUUUAAAGAAGCAUUGAUCCUUAUCUUGUCUAGAACUCUAUCCAGUGAAGAGCAAUUUCAAGAACCAGACUGCUCGCUAGAAGCUCAGCCCAAGUAUGUUAGAGGUGGGAAGCGGUAUGGACGAAGGUCCUUGCCUGAGUUUCAAGAAUCCGUGGAGGAGUUUGCAGAGGUGACAGUGAUUGAACCACUAGAUGAAGAAGCACAGCCAUCACACAUCCCAGCUGGUGACUGCAAUGAGCAUUGGAAGAUACAACACAGUGAGGAGUAUGAAGCAGAAGGCCAGUUAAGGUUUUGGAACCCAGAUGACUUGAAUGCCUCACAGACUGGGUCUUCCCCUCCCCAAGACUGGAUCGAAGAGAAACUGCAAGAGGUUUGUGAAGACCUGGGGAUCACCCGUGAUGGUCACCUAAACCGGAAGAAGCUGGUCUCCAUCUGUGAGCAGUAUGGAUUGCAGAAUGUCGAUGGUGAGAUGCUUGAGGAAGUAUUUCAUAACCUUGAUCCUGAUGGUACAAUGAGUGUCGAACAUUUUUUCUAUGGUUUGUUUAAAAAUGGAAAAUCCCUCACACCAUCAGCAUCUACUCCUUAUAGACAACUAAAAAGACAUCUCUCUAUGCAGUCUUUCGAUGAGAGUGGACGUCGCACCACCACCCCAUCAGCGAUGACAAGUACCACUGGCUUUCGGGUCUUCUCCUGUCUGGAUGAUGGGAUGGGCCAGGCGUCUGUGGAGAAAAUACUGGACACCUGGCAGGAAGAGGGCAUCGAGAACAGCCAAGAGAUACUGAAGGCCUUGGAUUUCAGCCUUGACGGAAAUGUUAACUUGACAGAAUUGACGCUGGCUCUUGAAAAUGAACUUUUGGUCACCAAGAACAGCAUUCACCAGGCGGCUCUGGCCAGCUUUAAGGCUGAGAUCCGUCAUUUGUUGGAACGGGUUGAUCAAGUGGUCAGAGAAAAAGAGAAGCUACGAUCGGACCUGGACAAGGCUGAGAAACUCAAGUCUCUAAUGGCUUCCGAGGUGGAUGAUCACCACGCGGCCAUAGAGCGGCGAAAUGAGUACAACCUCAGGAAAUUGGAUGAAGAGUACAAGGAGCGGAUAGCAGCCUUGAAGAAUGAACUCCGAAGAGAGAGAGAGCAGACACUGCAACAGGUGGGCAAGCAGCGUUCAGAACUCGAGCAAGAAAUGGAAAAGGCAAAAACUGAAGAGAACUAUAUCCGCGACCGCCUGGCCCUCUCCUUAAAGGAAAACAGUCGUCUAGAAAAUGAGCUUCUGGAAAAUGCAGAGAAGCUGGCAGAGUAUGAGAGUCUGACAAACAAACUUCAGCGAAAUUUGGAAAACGUCUUAGCUGAAAAGUUUGGUGACCUCGAUCCCAGCAGUGCUGAAUUCUUUCUGCAAGAAGAAAGGUUGAUGCAAAUGAGAAAUGAGUAUGAGCAGCAGUGCAGGGUAUUACAAGACCAAGUGGAUGAACUCCAGUCUGAGCUGGAAGAAUAUCGAGCACAAGGCAAAGUAUUUAGGCAUCCCUUAAAGAACUCACUGUCCGAAGAGUUUGAUGUUAACGGCGGUGCCAUUGAGCCUGACCAGGGGCUUGGUUCUGAAGAAUGCAACCCAUUAAAUAUGAGCAUUGAGGCAGAGCUGGUCAUCGAACAGAUGAAGGAACAACACCACAGGGACCUGUGUCGCCUAAAACUGGAGCUUGAAGAUAAAGUGCACCAUUAUGAGAAGCAGCUGGAUGAGACCAGGAUCAGCUGUGCAAAGGAGCAGGAGACCUUGAGGCAAAAGUAUGAACAUGAAAUGCACACCUUGGAAAAACAAAUAAGUGACCUUAAAAGUGAAAUCUCAGACCUUCAGAGCCAGGCCAUGGUGCUGAAGGAAGCACACCGGGAGACCAGCUGCAGGCACGAGGAGGAGAAAAAACAGCUGCAGAUGGCCUUUGAUGAGGAAAAGACUCGCCUGCGGGAGGAGCUGAGGCUGCAUCAUGAGCUGGAGCUCAAGGCCAGGCUGGAGCAGGUGGAGGAAGGCUUUCGCCAGGAGAGGGAAGGACUUGCUCAGAGUAGCACCUGGACGGAAGAGAAGGUGAGAGGCCUAACUCGGGACCUAGAGCAGUGUCACCAGGAGCAGCUGCAAUGCCUGGUGGAGAAGCACACUCUUGAGAGAGAGGAGUUGAGGAAAGAGCUCUUGGAAAAGCACCAAAGGGAACUUCAAGAGGGAAGGGAAAAAAUGGAAACAGAGUGUAAUAGAAGAACCUCUCAGAUAGAAGCCCAGUUUCAGGCUGACUGUCAGAAAGUCACUGAGAGAUGGGAAAACACUCUGCAAAGCCUGGAAGGGCGCUACCGCCAAGAGCUGAAGGACCUGCUGGAGCAGCAGGAGGAGGAGAGAGCCCAGUGGGAGUUUGAGAAGGACGAGCUCACGCAGGAGUGUGUGGAGGCCCAAGAACAGCUGCGGGAGACCCUCCAGAGAGAGAAAGCAACCUCUCUAGUCCUGACCCAGGAGAGGGAGAUGCUGGAGAAGACAUACAAGGAACAUUUGAACAGCAUGGUCAUUGAGAGAGAGCAGCUGUUCCAAGACCUGGAAGCCCUACAGAAGGCCUCUGAGAGCCACCAAAGCCUACUGUCCGACCAGGUGCUGGAGCUGAGAAGCAGUCACCAGAGACAACCGAGGGAGCAGAAGCAGGUCCUGGGCCAGACAGGAGCCUCGGAGCAGCUGGCCAGCCAGCAGCUUGAACAGCUGCAGCUGGAGUGUGACCAGGAGAGGCAGGACAUGUUGGCUAAACUUGUGGCCAUGGAGAGUGCCCACAGAGUGACCUGUGAAAAGGCAGAUCGAGAAAGGGCAGAGAUGAGUGCCGAAAUCUCCAGGCUUCAGAAUAAAAUACAGGACAUGCAGCAGGCAGCAUCUCUUUCCAGGCUUCAGGGUGACUGCAAGGUGACAGGAGAGGAGGAGGUAGAAGGAAAUGGAGCCAUGUCCCUGCUUCAGCAAGGGGAGAAGCUGUUGGAGGAAAAUGGAGAUGUCCUCGUCAGUCUGCAGAGAGCUCAUGAGCAGGCAGUAAAGGAAAAUGUAAAAAUGGCUGCCGAAAUUUCUAGAUUGCAACAGAGGCUGCAAACGUUAGACCCAGAAUCAGUGAUGUCAUCUUGUUUACAGGAGUCAGCUACUGAGUUUUUUGGAAAUUCUGUGGAACCAUCAGAGCCGUUUUUGUCAAAAAACCAGAUAAAACAAAUAGAAAGUGUGACCACCCGGAGCAUCCUAAGUGACCUUCAGAGCAAUGAGGUCCAGGACCUGAGAAGUAUAGGAACAAGCUCUGUUCAGAGACAGGUCAAAAUUGAGGAGUCAGAGGCUUCCAUUGAGUGUUUUUCCGAGCUUGAGAACAGUGACGAGACCAGGGCUGAAUCCUGGGACCUGAAAAAUCACAUCAGUCAACUCCAGGAGCAGCUAAGAAUCUUGCGUGCAGACUGCAACCGAGCUGCUGAAAAGAAACAGGACCUACUUUUUGAUGUGUCUGUGCUAAAAAAGAAACUAAAGGUGCUUGAGAGAAUCCCUGAGGCCUCUCCCAAGUACAGGUUGUUAUAUGAAGAUGCUAGUAGAGAAAAUGACUGCCUUCAGGAAGAGCUGAGAGUGAUGGAGACAUGCUAUGACAAGGCCCUGGAAGACAACAAAGAACUCAGCGCACAGGUGUUCAGGUUGCAGGAUGAGCUAAAGAAAGUGGAGGAAGUGACAGAAACGCUCCUUAACUUGGAAAAGAGUUAUGAUGAGGUCAAGACAGAAAAUGAGGAGCUGAAUGUUCUAGUGUUAAGACUUCAGGGGAAGAUUGGCGAGCUGCAGGAAAGAGCUGCCCCUCAGUGGGAUGGCUUCUCCUUGUGGGAAGCCCAGGUGGACAACCUGGAGGGCCAACCUGGUAGAAAAGUGCUUGAACUCAAUCAGUCACCAGAAGAAUGCAUGCCCAAGGUUAUGAGUGUGCACCAUAUUGUAGAAGAAUGUAAAGAAGCAGCCCAGUGCCAUGAGCAGGGAAGAAUGCGGCUCUUGGCCAAAGUAAAGGCACAUGAAAUUGCCUGGUUACACAGAACAGUUCAGACACAUCAAGAAAGGCCCAGAGUGCAGAAUCAAGUCAUACUGGAGGAAAACACGGCUGUCCUAGACCUCCAAGACACACUUUUUCAGCAUCCAGUCACAAUAGCAGAGUUAGAACUGGAGAAACAAAAGCUCCAGGAGCUGACCAGAAAGUUGAGGGAGCGAGUCACCACUUUAGUUAAGCAAAAAGACUUACCCUGUCAAGGAGAGAAAGAGGAAGAGCUGAAGGCAGUGAUGCAUGACUUGCAGAUCACGUGCAGUGAGAUGCAGCAGAAGGUUGAGCUGCUGAGAUAUGAAUCUGAAAAGCUUCAAGAGGAAAAUUCUAUUUUGAGAAAUGAAAUUACUACUUUAAAUGAAGAAGAUAGCAUUUCUAACCUGAAAUUAGGCACAUUAAAUGGAUCACAGGAAGAAUUGUGGCAAAAAAUAGAAACUGUAAAGCAGGAAAAAGCAACAAUUCAGAAGAUGGUUGGAAAUUUAAAGAAACAGAUUUCAGAUUUAAAACUCAAAAACCAACAGUUGGAUUCAGAAAAUACAGAACUUAGCCAAAAGAACUCUCAAAACCAGGAAGACUUGCAAGACCUUAAUCAACGUCUGGCAGCAGUCCUACGCCAGAAGGAAAAGGAGCCGGGAAACAGUUCACUUGAGGAAUGGGAGCAAGAGAAGUCUAAUCUGAAGAAAGAACUGGAACGCCAUAAAGUGCAGUCCUCCAUGUUAGUGUCUUCUCUGGAGGCAGAACUUUCUGAAGUUAAAAUACAGACCCACAUUGUGGAACAGGAGAACCUCCUUCUCAAAGAUGAACUGGAGAAAAUGAAACAACUGCACAAAUGUCCUGAUCUCUCUGACUUCCAGCAAAAAAUUUCCAGUGUUCUAAGCUACAAUGAAAAGCUCCAGAAAGAAAAAGAAGCUCUAAGUGAAGAAUUAAAUAGCUGUGUGGAUAAGUUGGCAAAAUCAAGCCUUCUAGAGCACAAAAUUGCCACGAUGAAGCAAGAACAGAAGUCUUGGGAGCAGCAGAGUGAUAGCUUAAAGUCACAGCUGGUGGCUUCUCAGGAGAAGGUUCAGAGUUUAGAAAAGACCCUGCAGAAGGCAAACCUUCAGCUGUCCCAGAUUAAAUCUGACCUCCAAGUGACGCAGCAGGAAAAGGAGGCUUUAAAACAGGAAGUGAUGUCUUUACAAAAACAACUCCAGAAUGCUAGUGACAAGAACUGGGCCCCAGAAAUAGCCACCCAUCCAUCAGGGCUCCACAACCAGCAGAAAGCUGUCUUGGGACAGUUGGAUCACCUGAUGAACAAGGAACAACAGCUGCUGUGGCAUGAGAGUGAGAGACUCCAGACUGUAGUGGAGAACACCAAAGCAGAGCUCACACACUCCCAAGAGAAGGUCCGCCAGCUGGAAUCUAGCCUUCUUCCUCCUAAACACCAAAAACAUCUAAACCCAUCAGGCACUAUGAAGCCCACAGAACAAGAAAAGUUGAACUUAAAGAGAGAGUGUGAACAGUUUCAGAAAGAACGAUCUCCUACUAUCAGGAAGGUCAGUCAGAUGAAUUCCCUUGAACAAGAAUUAGAAACAAUUCAUUUGGAAAAUGAAGGCCUGAAAAAGAAACAAGUGAAACUGGAUGAGAGGCUAAUGGAGAUGCAGCACCUGAGGUCCACUGUGAUGCAUAGCCCUUCCCCUCACUGGGAUCUGCAGCUGCUUCAGCAGCAAGCCUGUCCGAUGGUGCCCAGGGAGCAAUUUCUGCAGCUUCAACACCAGCUGCUACAGGCAGAAAGGAGAAACCAGCACCUGCAGGAGGAACUCAACAGCAGGACCUCCGAAACCAACCCACCACAGGGAAGCCAGGAACAACUGGUAACUGUCAUGGAGGAACGAAUGCUAGAAGUUGAACAGAAACUGAAACUGGUGAAAAGGCUUCUUCAAGAGAAAGUGAAUCAGCUCAAAGAACAACUCUGCAAGAAUACUAAAGCAGAUGCAGUGGUGAAGGAUUUGUAUGUUGAAAAUGCCCAGUUGUUGAAAGCUCUGGAAAUGACUGAACAGAGACAGAAAACAGCAGAGAAGAAAAAUUACCUCCUAGAAGAGAAAAUCGCCAGCCUCAGUACUAUAGUCAGGAAUCUGACACCAGCACCAUUGACUUCUGCACCUCCUUUGAGGUCAUAGCCACACCAAAGGAUGCACUUACAUGUGUGCACUUUACUGAAAUAGAUGGAACAUUUCAAUAGGUUCUGUUAAUUCUCUUUUUAAAAAGUUUUAAUGGCUUAAAAUUAAGCCUAACUUAAAUCUCCCAGCAACAGAACUGGAGUCACCACCAUAGCUCAUUUUUCUAACUAGACCCGAGUAGAAAGAUUAUUACAAACUUUAUUUUUAAACCAAAUGUGGGUGUAACAUUUAAAUACUGAAGAGUUGUUCUUCUUGUAAUAGUUUUGGUUCUUUGAAUUGAUUGGUAGGCUGUCAUUCUGUAUAAUAAGAAGGCUCAGUUCAUUAACCACUGGGGUUAGAAAAACCCAAAUCUGUAGAACUCUACCUUCUGAUGCCUAUUACUACUCUUGAUUAUAGAUUUAGAACUGAUUUACUCAAAUGCACUCUUAACAAAUGUUAAAGCUUUACUUUCUUUAAACAAUCUUUUUCUUCAUCCUCUGAGAAGUUUCAUUUGGGAAUCUUCUAAAAACUGAAUAAAGCCACAUUCUUAAAGCAUUUGAACUAUAGCGAAAGCACUGGACAAAUUGCUUUGGAGUAAACACCUUUGGAAGAGAGAUGCAGACCAGGUGAGGUUUCCUAUCUCAAGACUUGCAGUUCAUGGACUGACCUUUGAGGUUGCCUCAAGAACUCAGGGAACAAUUCUUUAAACUGUCUUCCUGAACUACUGUUGGGCCUCUCAGGAUUUGAAAUGUAGAAACCAUGUAACCUUAUUUGUCUUAUAUAUUUACAACCAUAGAAUUUUUAUUUCUAUAUUUUAGAGCAGUUAAUUGUCUGAAAAGGGCCUUGAUUUUAUUUAGAGUUAAAAAAAACCUCUUCUAGUUUAUAGAAGAGCGUUUAUUGAUUGUUUAAUAUAGGUAAAGUUUCCAUGCUUGUCACUCUCCCAUACUUCAAAUCUUAUCAUAAGAAUGAAUUUCUCAUGGAAAGCAUUGUCAUACCAUCUGAGGUAAAUGAGUGUUAAGCAGGACUUCAUAUUCAUUCUCAAGAUCAGAACUUGUAGAAAAGAAAACCUUUUAGACUCAGUAAACACAGCCUUGCUCCCCGACCAGCUCCAAUGAAAAUCUCUGCUUCUAGCCUGCUCCCGCUGUUCUUGAUGGAAAGACCUACAAGAGGCUGGAUGCUACCUGCUCCAUCACAGCCAUCUACCUGUUCUCGUGUGAGAGUAAUUGGACCAGAAAAUUGCACUGUGAUGUAUUCCAGGAAAGCCAGACUCAUCUAUUUGUAAGAGAUAGAACAAAAAUCAAACUGCUUUUGACCAGGAACACAAGAUAAAGCAAACUGCCUAAGAGGUCGUCAAUCUCAACAAAGUAAUUUCCAUUAAGGAGCUUUGGAAUUCCUCUUAACCACCCAUGAUUAGUCUCACCCGACAGCCAGGAGUCACCUGGACAAGAGCCCUGACCAGGCACUGCUAUUCACAGGUCUGUUCAAGGUGAAGUGGACAGCUCUUAUCAGAAAGUCCUGAUUUCUCCCUGGAAAAAAAUUAAUCUUUCCCUAUAAGUAAUUAUGCUUCAAAAUAUUUGGCAUCUGCUGACCUACUUUCAUCUCUAGUACAAACUCAACUAUUUGUAUGGCACUAGCUUUAACAGAAAACUUUUUUAAAAAAAUAAAAAUUUUUUUACCUUAAACUGUGGCUAGAACUAGGCUGAGGUGAAAAAUAGACUAUGCCUUCAUGGAGUGCUUAUGUACACGUGUUUCCAGUGACUCAAGGCUUAGUCACUGGAACCCAGCACUGAGCCUGUUUCUCAAACAGCUGGCUUAGCAUGUGACUGCAUUUGUUGUGGUUUUUGUUUUUUUUAAUAAGAAAAGUGUACAUUAAUUUUUUCUAUAAAUUUGUAUUUAUGUGUAUAUAAACUUAUGUACAGUGAAUGUAAAUACAACUUUUGGGAGGAAGUUUUAGACUAAAUUUAAACCUUUUUAUCCAAAAUCAAAAUGCUAUUCAAAUGAAAAU